AUGAUGACGUCACCAGUCAAAGGUAAAUUACGUUCCACUUACGUAUUUAAUUUUAAGAAAAAUUGUUUAUUUUGCGAUAAAAAAUGUUCGAUAGAGAAUGAAUUAAAAAAAAGUAAGGAACGUCACGAUAUUAUCUAUAAUGUUUGUACACUUCAUUUUAAACAAUCUGUUGAAGAUAUGGCGAAAAUGAGGAACGAUGAAUGGGGAAAAACAGUUUUGAAACGUUUAGAUAGUGUUAUAUGUUUAGUUGCUGAAGAAGCAAUUUAUCAUAAAUCUUGCGAAAGAAAAUUUUGUAAAAAUAUAUCAUCACAAGAAAAAAAGAAGAGGGGACGUCCGCAAGAUGAAGAUGCAUUAAAGGCGUUUAGUGAUGUAUGCGAGUAUAUCGAGGUUGGAAACGAGUGUCAAUUUACAUUACAAUUUUUAUAUGAAAAAAUGAAUGGUACGUGUGAUGAGAAAACUUUCAGAAAUAAAUUGAUUGAGAAGUACGGAGAGGACUUAAUUAUUACAACAACUCAUGGAAAAAAAGCAAUUGUUAGUUUUAAGGAUACUUCAUUUAAAAUUUUGACCGAAGCGUGGUAUACUUAA